AUGAACGUCGAAACGACUGAAUGGGGGUUGGAGCAGAGUCAGGUAUAUCAGAAUAAGGACCGAUGUGAAGAGGAGAUUGAGGAGCCGGACAUUUUUGGGCCGUUCAAUCAGACGUGUGGGCGGCAGUCUUUGACGAGUGUGGCGGCGUUGUUGAUAGGAGAUCAGAAUGCGGGGAAAACUACAUUGCUCCAUUCGUUGUCGAAUGCGAAGCAUUCUUUGUCGUUCCUGCACAUCCAAUCGCUGAUUCCGUUUAUCCAGGCAUCGUUUUACAACUGUCGGUUUUGCAACUUUGGCGCGAUGGAGGAGGAAGGCAUCAACCCACUGCGGGCCUGUUGCGACGAGGGUGCCUUUCUGGACUCGGACAUCGCGCGUGCGUCGCUAACUUUAACCAAGCCCGACUGGUUGUUUUUGCUGGAGGAAGUGGGCUUGGGCGGCGGGGGGGUUCCCGAGGAGUUUCUAGUGAAUGACUUUACGCGGCUAUCCCUCAUCGAGUUCGGCGGCGACCACCUGGACCGGCUGCAGCACCGUCCGUGCGCGAGUCAUCCAUGUCCUGACCGCCCAUGUUCGGAGCGUGUGUUUGAAAACACGCGUGUGCAGGAAAUUUGCGCGAAUAGCCUCAAAUUGCUGCAAACUAAGGAUCUAACUUCGGUCGCCUACUUCAUCAACGGGUGCACAGCGGCCGGUGUGCAUGAUGACUCGGCGGCAGACGGUCCGCUGCGUCUGAAACCCGACUAUUGCAAGGACCUUCGCUCGCGACUACAGGCGCUGCAAAGUUGGUGCCCCUUUCUCUCGGCUCUGCAUGUCUACGUGACCCGUGUCCCGGUGCAGGGUUGCGCCCGCUUGAAUGACGCAUGUAUCCUCGACAGUGCCUUCCUUGACGUACUCGCCAGCGUUGUUGGCCAGACGGACGCCGACAAAUAUGAGUACGACCUUCGCGUCGCCACCUCCUCGCCCUUCUACCUCGAGAUCCGCGACACUGUCACCCAACUCUGCAGAGAUGCACUCCCCCAUGUCAAGUGCACCGUCUGCCCCUUCCUCUUACUCGACCGAACUACACACCUUCCCAACCCCUGCAGCAUCUACUACUUCCUUUCCCACACCGUCCGAGCUGCGCUCCAGCUCCACAGACUCGGAGCCAACUCCUCAGACCCCGAACUCCUGCUCAACCUCCUACGCUGCAUCAAAAACAGCCGCUACUACGCCCCCGAAGACAAACUCUGGAUCGAAACCCUCACGUGGGUAGACUACCAAUCCAUCUGUAAGAUCGGCACACCGCGAACCGUAGCCUACCGUACCGAUCACGCAUCACACCAGUCAUUACGCAUCACACCAGUCAUUACGCAUCACACCAGUCAUUACGCAUCACACCACUUAUCACACCGCCCAGUCACCACAGCGUGA